AUGGGCGGCCUCAAAAUCCUCAGCGACUCCGUUGUCCACGACAUCCUGAUCAACCUGAAUAACGAUGGCAUCUUCCGACUUCGAGACUCCCUUCUGAAGUGCUUAGUCGACGUCUCCAACGGCUCCGAACGAGACUACCAACCUUCUGUCGGCGUGGUGAACCGGCCCGAAGGCCAAAAGUGCCUCUUCCGACCGUUCUCUUCCUCCGCAAGCUUCGGAACCAAGAUCGUCGUCACACCAGCGCCAUCUUCCAAGGCCGCCGGGGCUCUACACGGCAUCGUCACUCUCUGCGACCAAGAUGGCUAUCCCACCGGCAUCAUCAACGCUGAAGAGUUGACAGGCUACAGGACGACUCUUUCCGCCCUGAUCCCUUACAUCUGGCGCCGUUAUACCGACCACAUCGUCGUCUUUGGUGCCGGUAAACAAGCGCUCUGGCAUCUACGCCUGGCGCUGGCACUGCGAGCAGAUGAGAUCAAGUCAAUCACAGUCGUGAAUCGUUCCGAAGACCGGGCGCAACAGCUGAUUAGCCGAAUCAAGGAGGAGAAUGCUCAGCGAUGGAAGUCUUCAACAACUAUUGAAUACCUGGGUUCGUCGCAACCUGAUUACGACACGAAGAUCCGGGAACAUCUCGCUAUUGCCGAUGCAAUUUUUUGUACUGUCGGAACUACAAGCCCGUUGUUCCCCGCCGACUAUAUGACGAAAGGAAGAAAGACUGCUCGUUACCCGUUCAUUUCAGCUGUUGGAUCGUGGCAACCAGACAUGAUCGAAUUGGAUCCCAACCUGCUCAUCCACGCUGCAGGCGAUGUCGGUGAGGGAUUCCGAAGGAGUAAGGAGUCAAAGGGGGCGGUGCUCGUUGACGAUCGCGAAGGAGCCAUGCAUCAUGCUGGCGAGGUUGUUCAGAGCAAACUUCCUUUUGAAAGCUUCGUGGAGGUUGGCGAGGUGGCGCGUUCACAAGAGACCGGGAGUAACCCCGAGCUUCUGAGAUGGAUCGCAGAGGGGCUGGUCGUUUACAAAAACAUCGGAGUCAGCACCACCGAUCUUGCGAUUGGAAAUGCACUGUUGGCUCUUGCUGAUGAACGAGGAGCUGGGGUGUCUGUGUCUGACUUCUAA